UUCAAAAUGAAUUAAACACUAUAUUUUGAAACGUUUUGUGUGUUUUUGAAGUUUUUUUUUUAUGGAGUGUUUUUUUUUUUGAAGUUUUUGAAGUUUAUUAAUCCACUUUUCAAAAUUGAUAUCAUACAAUUAGAUACUACGUAUAACACUACAAAAAAACACGGGAUUGGCAAGGAUUUUGGCACGGAUUUGGCACGGAUUUUGGCAGAAAUACGUCAAAUCCGUGUCAAAAACACUUUGGCACGAGCUAUUUGGUACGAAAAAUUGAUAAUUAUGUGCCAAAUUCCGUGCCAAUCCCGCCCACUACAAGAAAAUUGACCUUUUGCGACGAAUAAUUUGCAACAGACUAUGAAUAUGGUCGUAAUAGAUAUACUAAUAACGACCAAAUUUUAUCUGGUCGCAAAUGAUUAAUUUUUUCCGGACCAUUUUAAUUUCCGUUCGCUACUUCUCUAAUUUCCCGUCCCUAAAAGUUUUGUUUAGGCGGGUGGCGGUCAAUCCAAAAAAGAGCUCUAACUUUUUAUUUUCUAGGGAGUACUUUUCUUUGUUUUUCCUUUAAUUAAAAAAUUGAAAAGCAAACCCUGGAGCCCAUCUGCGACUUAUUAGCCUCACGAUUGCAAUCAUACCCUAGCUUCGUACCAUUCUUCUUCUCUACUCAACUUGGCCGCUCCUCAAUCAAACCUCCGAGAAACAUCAUCGCUCGUUCGCGGUCUUUCUUCUGCAAUUCUUUCGUCUUCGCUGCAAUACUUCAAUUCACGAAUUGGAGAAGAACAAAUCCAGACUAUCACAAACGCCGACUACUGGUCUGCCUUCAUAGUAGCCACUUUCCUCAUUUUUGGAAGGGGAAGGAAUUAAAACGAAGAUUAUUCAAAUAGGAAGAAGACGAAGGAAACCUAGCAGCUAACCAGGUUCAAAUGUCUAUUACUUGGGUGCUCCCCGAAGUAACUUGGCCGCUCCCCAAACAGAAAGCCACAUCAAGUUGUCAAGGUAAACACAUUUUCCCAUCACUAUUUUAGCAAUAAUCUUAUGAAAGUGCUGCAGACAGUUCUUAUUAUCUAAUUUUUGAAACUUAUUUGUUCUCAUUUCAACAAGUUUUGUUCAUUGUAUGAGAAAUUUGAUUGUUCAUUUUUCUAUUCUGAUUUUAAUGUGUUAUGCAAGUGAAUUGGUACAGUUUUGGUUUGAUGUUGUUAUUUGGGCUCUUUUGAUUACAUAUUGGUACCCCCUUUAAUGAUUUCUCUGCUUUUUUCUGGACUACACUGUUUGGCUAUUUCUCAGAUUUUUCAUUUUCCUUUGGUUCGAAAUCAUACUGAAACAAUAACAGGAGAAUUUACACACAAAAAUAACAAUAAAAAUUACGCAAAACAAGAGUAUGUAUGCAAGGUGCCACUUCAGUUCAAGGAGUUCAAUAGAGAGUCCAGUAGCAACCCAGUUGUGGGCUUAUUCAGUAGACUGCUUCCUGACUUUUUGUCCAGGGAGGAAGCUUUCGAGGCUAUUGAUCUUAACAAGGUGCCACUUCAGUUCUUUAUUAAAGUCUUGCUCUAGAUCAAACUAAAUUCACAUAGAUAAAAACGCAUACAUAGUUAAUGAGCACUAUUUUGUACUAAAUUGCUGCUUAUGUUAAUUAUAAAGUACUUAAUUCUUCUUUCAAUGUUAAUCUGUAAUGGGUAAGAUCACUAAUUUAAGAUGUUUCUCAAUUUACAAUUUAAUCAUUUCAAUUUAAUCGUUCUCUAUGUUAUUUCAGAGUGUUGAUCUGUUUAGUUUCAUAGUUGCAUUUCCAGUCUGCCAAUCAGAAAAUCUGAGCUUUCCCCGUUCAGGAUAUGCAUCUUUUAAGAAAACCAAUAUGAUAGCUUUGAGAUCGAUUGGGGUUUGAACAUCGGAAUAAGCUGGAGUGUUGUAUAUAUCAGUGUGAUUCCAUUUCAAGAAUAAUCAUAUAGUCUUCAAUGAGCUGGAUUAUACUUUUCACAUUUAAGCUGAUUUCAUAACAAGUUAAUAUUUGAGCUGCACUGAUUUUCUUUCCUUGCUUGAUAUAAAUUUCAGAGUAAUACUCUGAGGUGUUAGGAUUAAGUGGAAGGCCGGUCAACUUUGGAAAAUCAUCACCUAUACGACAUUCCAUUCAAACAAGCAGAAAUCAUACACAAGCUUGGUAGUUAUCUUUAUACCUUUGUGACUUCUUGCUUCUGUCAUAGAAAUAGUAGAUUCACUAAGUACUUCGGAUGCGCCUAAAUGUAAUGUUGUUGCCUUUCAUACAAUUCUAAAUUACAUAUCACUGAUUAUUUCUUAGAAUUUAGUUGAUAAAGCGGUACUAAUUAGAUGUUAAAUUUCAAGUAUGCAGGUUUAAAAAGUAUUUAGCUGAUAUUAUUUUUUAUCGUGGAAUGUGCUACUAUGCAGUUACUUUGGUUAAGUUGAACUGAUGGUCAUGCUAUUAGCGAAGGCUUAAUUCGUUCACUAAUGGUAAUAUCUGUUUGUGUAAUUAUUCCCAAGUAGGGUUGCAUAUGGACCAGCUAAGUAUAAAAAAUAUUUGUUAUCUUUGUUUUUAUGAAUGCAGUACAAUAAUUGUUGUGAGAUUUAGGAUGAAAUUAAUAAAAGUGGACUAUCUUUGUCAAAUAGAGAAGAAGUAAUUUUUUAGACAUUCCUUUCUUAAUGAAUCUGCCUAUUUGUUUUGCAUUUCUGUAACUAUAGUACUCUAGCUAUUGAAGUUUGAAUCAUUCACAUAAUAAAAUGAUGUAGUUACAGAGUAUUAUUAUUAUGCAUUAGAAUUAAAUGUCUGGCUAGUUAAGAUUUGGUCACCCAGGAAAUUAAGUUUUUUAUUAUCCAUGUGGUCCUACUUGUCCGGUUUUACCCCAUAUCUAUUAGUAAUGUUUAAAUGGGUGUUUCUAUUAGAUGUGUAUUACAUUUUAUAUUUUAUAUUUUAUAUUCAUUUACUGAUACUAAGGUUUGUGGUUGUAGGUGCAACAAACGUCUGAGUUUAUAUUGGAUGAUGAAAUUCUUAAGAGAGUCGAUUCACACAUGUUGAUGUUAAUUGUUAAGGUUGCUAUUGCAGAUAGCUCAGAUCAUUUUUAUGUAAUAUUGACGUCAACGGGGUUACGGGGCUGCUGCAUGAAGAUGAAUUACCUCAUGCUUUGCAAUAUACGGACUAUGGAGUAUAUAUAUGAUCCUGAAAAGAUUAAAGAAAUGUUGUAUAUAUCAAGAAAAC